CAUAUGCCAUUUUCCUCUCCACAUCAGCUAAGAUCUAUCUAAUCGUAUUGAGGUCUUAUUUGGACUCCCAAACACUCUCACAAUGCAAGUCGAAGUCAACCCCAACGAGGAUACCGAGUGGAACGACAUCCUCCGCAAGCACGGCAUUAUCCCGGAGAAGCCCCAGGACCCAGAACCGCUGAUCCAGGAGGCGCUAAUCGAAGCGGAGCGCAAAGCCUACGAGAACCGACUAGAAGACAAGGACUUGGACGAGCUAGACGAGCUGGAGGACGAAGAAGAUGAGGCAUUCCUAGAACAAUACCGUCAAAAGCGACUAGCCGAACUAUCCACGCUGCAGCAAACCAGUGUCCACAACCAAGUCUACCCGCUCCAGAAGGUCGACUACGCCCGCGAAGUCACCGAGGCCUCGAACGACUGCUUCGUCCUGGUCCACCUGAGCUCCUCGACCGGCGGGAACGUUGAGUCGCAACGAUUGACGGAACUCUGGCGCACACUGGCGGCCAAGUAUGGUGAUAUCAAGUUCUGCGAAAUCCGCGCGAACAUGUGCAUUGAGGGCUAUCCUGAGCGCAACACGCCCACUAUCCUGGUCUACCGAAACACCGAGAUCAAGAGGCAAUUGGUGACCCUGAGGGAACUCAGGGGCCCGCGCACUACUGUCGAAGAUAUCGAGAGGUUGCUGCUGGACCUAGGUGCUCUCAAGGAGAGCGAUGUUCGUUUGAAGAAACGGUCGGACUCGUCGGACGAUGAACGCCCAGCCAUGAAUAAGAACAAGUCCAUCAGACCCAUGGUCCAGGACGACGAUGACGACUGGGAUUAGAUGCUAUGAUUUCCCGCAUCAUGACGCUGAGUGUCGUGCCCUCGUGUAUCAACCGAGUAGGGCAAUUGGCCAUCAAUGAGGGGGAGGAUGAUCAAGAAAUCUAGCCGUUAGUGGCUGGUCAAUUUCUUAGGCAUUAGAGGCGGCAGUGCUGUUGUUGAAACGCACCAUUAGCAUCCUAGAUGCAUCCCCGGAGCUGGACUCGGGAAAAUGGGAAGUGUUCAGCCUUGAGCGAUCUGAUCAUAGUGCCUUCGGAUCAUGUCGGAAUUCCCCUUCGGGAAUGUAUAUGGCUCCCUGGCCCGUUGCUCCCAUACUCGGUCUAUAGAAACAACAAACCUGGUGACAUGACCAGGAGAUACUGUACUCGAUAUGUAAAAAAAUAAAUCCCG